GUAUGUUCAUUAUACCUUCUAAAGGGAUCAAUAAGUAAACCGUGCAACUCUGCUGAGGUCCUCGUUUCAAGUAGAAGUGCUAUCGAGUAUUCGAGUAGUUUUUGUCGUACCACUGUGAUAAAUUACAGGAGCAAGGCUUUGGUCGGAAGACGUUUGAGCUGAUUUCCACAUGUGUUCCAUUUUACAGUAAGCUGCCAGUCGAUGAAGCAAAGCGAAUGGACGAAAACAGUCUAUGGAAUUUUUUUGCGAGAGAGAUUAUCACAAGUGAAAGCAAAUCCUACAUUUGCACGAAAUAUGUUGGUUUUAUUGGAUGUACAGAAUAUCUAGGAAUUUCUGAUAACAGUUACACUCAUGAAAAUAUUAAAGCGAAAACGGUGGCUAAUGCUGCGUUGGGUGGCGGCGACUUAGCCCUAUUCGGAACUGGAUGUCUUUAUACCUGGCCAAAAUCUAUCACUGAAGUAAUGCAUUGUUUUGAAAACGCGCAGAUCGUUGACGUAAGAAACUUUUUGGAUGAUAGUAACAGUAGAAAAACGUUUGGUGGUUGCUUUGCUACAACCUUGGGAUCGGUGUGUCAUGAAAUCGGUCACAUUUUUGACUUAGGACACACACAGAGUGGAAUUAUGGGAAACGGUUUCGAUUUCGUUAACAGAGUCUUUACGGUCACGAAUCAAACUCAAGAGCUACCGAAACGUGUAACAAGUAAAGUGGAGUUGAAUGUAAACGUGAAUAGCGAUCCAAGACUGACAAAGUUGAGGUACACCAAUAGAUAUUUAGACCUUUUUCAUUAUCAAAAGGGAAAUGAUUUAACUUAUUUUGAACGUAAUUCAGCUAUCAUCUUAGCAUACCAUAAAUGGUUUAAUCAGUACACUGACAUAUCUUCCGGUGAAGUUAUUUGCAUUAAAAAUGGUAAGACACGUGUGAUUACUUCUAAACAGUAUCCACUUCGUUUGGUAGAGUUUCGAGAUAAAGAAAGUGCAUUGAUGAUAUCGAAUUAUUCGUUCUUGGGCGAAUCUAUUCUAGACUUUAACAUUCCAGAAACAAUAGUUGAUGUCAGUUGUGAUGUAUUUGUUAUCGAUGAUAUUGGUAAUAUAUUCAAAUUUUGAAUUAAGGAACUAUCGAUUAGUUACAUAUUGUUAAGUUAUUUUUUGUGCAUCGAACAACUGAAAUACGACAUAUUUUACCAUGAUUUUUCGUUGAGAAAAAAUGGACUGGUACUGAACGAAAUUGGUUUUGUCACUUAACUUAGACCUAUGUCUAAGGAAAUGGGUUUUUUCAGCACAUGUUCAAAUUUUCCUCGCUGCGCUCGUAAAUAAAACUUAGGACUGGUGCUGAAAAAAUCGUCAUUUCUUGACUUGGUACACAAAAUACUAUUGUAAAUGUAAACAGUGAUAUGAUAAAAUAAAGAUAAUACUAAGGUA